AUGCAGCCGGCCAUGAUGAUGUUUUCCAGUAAAUACUGGGCCAGAAGAGGGUUUUCCCUGGACUCAGCUGUACCUGAAGAACAUCAGCAGUUCAGCAACUUAACACUAAACAGAGCCAACGCGGGAAAAAAUGAGGAUAAGAAAGGAAAUAAAGGGAGCGGCAAAAGUGAAACAACUGCCGACGGUGGAAAGACGGCGGUGGUGUUUUCCUUGAAAAACGAAGUCGGCGGAUUAGUCAAAGCCCUCAAACUCUUCCAGGAGAAGCACGUAAACAUGGUUCACAUCGAGUCGAGAAAGUCCAAGAGGAGAAAUUCCGAGGUUGAGAUUUUUGUUGACUGCGAUUGCAGCAAGAAGGAGUUCAACGAGCUCAUCCAGUCGCUGAAGUUCCAGACGACUAUCGUGACACUGAAUCCGCCUGAGAACAUUUGGACGGACGAGGAAGACCUCGAUGGUGUUCCGUGGUUUCCCCGGAAGAUCUCCGAACUGGACAGAUGUUCUCACAGGGUUCUCAUGUACGGUUCCGAGCUUGAUGCAGAUCAUCCAGGAUUUAAGGACAACAUCUAUCGACAGAGAAGGAAGUAUUUUGUGGAUGUGGCCAUGAGUUACAAAUAUGGCCAGCCUGUCCCCAGAGUGGAAUAUACCGUGGAAGAGACCAAAACCUGGGGAGUUGUAUUCAGGGAACUCACCAAACUCUAUCCCACCCAUGCUUGCCGUGAGUAUUUAAAAAACCUGCCUUUGCUGACCAAAUACUGUGGCUACCGAGAAGAUAACGUGCCCCAGCUGGAAGAUGUUUGUUCGUUUCUUAAAGAAAGAUCUGGUUUCACAGUCAGACCGGUGGCUGGAUACCUGUCUCCUCGAGACUUCCUGGCGGGACUGGCCUAUAGAGUAUUCCAUUGUACUCAAUACAUCAGACACAGUUCUGACCCGCUCUACACCCCAGAACCAGAUACGUGUCAUGAACUUUUAGGACAUGUUCCUCUUCUCGCCGAUCCCAAGUUUGCCCAGUUUUCCCAAGAAAUAGGCCUGGCUUCCCUGGGUGCAUCGGAUGAAGAUGUGCAGAAGCUUGCCACCUGCUAUUUCUUUACCAUUGAGUUUGGCCUUUGCAAACAAGAGGGACAGUUGCGUGCCUAUGGAGCCGGGCUUCUAUCUUCCAUCGGAGAAUUAAAGCAUGCUCUGUCUGACAAGGCGUGUGUGAAAACAUUUGAUCCAAAGACAACUUGCUUGCAGGAGUGCCUUAUCACUACCUUUCAGGAAGCUUACUUUGUUUCAGAGAGUUUUGAAGAAGCCAAAGAAAAGAUGAGAGAUUUUGCAAAGUCAAUAACUCGCCCCUUCUCUGUGUACUUCAAUCCUUACACUCAGAGCAUCGAAAUCCUGAAGGACACCAGAAGUAUUGAAAAUGUGGUCCAGGACCUUCGGAGUGAUCUGAACACUGUGUGCGAUGCCUUAAACAAAAUGAACAGAUAUUUGGGAAUCUGAUGCCGGUGGCCGGUUGCUUUUUCUCUUGACCACUCUGAGAAUCGACAACUAAGUCAAGCCCCUCUAACGCUCUUACCUUUCCGGAACAUCAUUUUCUGUGCCCGAGCUUUGCUAGUAGUAUGCAUCACUGUGUAUCUCUAUCUACUUGUAACACGCGGAUCGAACAAGACUAAACAUAUAUGUGAGCUCUCGUGACGGCGUUGAACUUCCCUAGCUAUAAGAUGGGCCUUUCCCUGAAAGGAUGGGGGAUGGUGGGGGGUCCCUGGAGCUCGGUUGGGUGGUGAGAAGGGGCCAGUUUUACCAGGAAAACCAAUGUCCCAACACCACCCCUGGCAAAAAUGGAGUGACUUUGACAUUCACCCUACCCUGACACCCCUCAGCCAUAUCUCUCUCCCACAGGUGAGACCUUCUCUCUUUAAGGGAUUUCAGAUCUGAGCUUGCCGGUGUUCAGUCUCCCAGAGAAAGAGGCUAUUUAGGGGAAUGAGACUCUUAUUGGCAAGAUGGGUAAAACAAUCAGUGAAUUGGCAAGCAAUGAAAGGGGAGCUUUGGGGAGGAAGGAGAGAACCUUCUUGCUUUGCAAAGAUACUGGUAUCUACAUGACUAUAAGAACCUAUCAUACUAGGUAAUUUAUAUUACCGGGAGAUGGGGAGACCUGGCUUUGUUGAAAUGCAUAGGUAUACACCCUGUCUUGGCAUAUCUUUUCCCAGUUCUGCUUCACCAUCCUAGAAGAGCCAAUUGGCCACCGAAUAAGCUGCAUAAUGGUUAGGGGACCUCUCUGUUAUUUAGCUUGCAAUGCUGCUUUGGAUGAAUAGUGUCUCUCAUAACCAAAGAACAAAAGGCCAAUUACAGCAAAUCCCUCCUCAGCUGGAAAGGGCUGUUCUCUACUUCGCUUCUCCUAGAGUUGGAAUUUUCUGCAAGAAAUGGAGAGUAAAUACCCUGUCUCCCGUUUUUGGUGUUUAAGCUUGGAAAACACCCUGGAGUCAAUGUCAGGAAUUGAAAUGGAAAUAUCCUUAGGGUUCCCACAACCAUUUUGGGUGCAUAGACUUUAUGUGGUGACCCUAUCCUCUAAUGUUCGUGCCUAGGAACUUUUUCCAUUUAUUAGGAGCCAGUGGUUUGUUUCGAGUGGACACAGCUGACAGUCUGUCAGGCAGAAGGAGGUGGCCACAGCCUGGCUUUAAUUUUGGAAAAGUUAGGCAUAGUUUGGGCGGUUGGUAGGUUUUUGGAAACGUGUCUAGAUCCAUUUUCAACCAUAAAAUAACCACUUUAAGCCUUGCCCAUGGCAGCCUCACCACUAGAUUCUCACCCAAGGGUCACUGGCUGGGAGUUUAGUCUGUCCUGCUUAAUAUUUUUGUAUUGUAAGUCCCCUGAAGGCCAGAGACCCUGUUCAAUUCCCACAUAAGUACUCCUUCCCAGUGUUUAAUACAGUGCUCUGAAUCCAGUAAGUGCUUAAUAAAUACUAUCACUACUACUACU